UUUGUACCUCAGAUUUAGCCACGAUGUACCAGACAUUUGCUCGUAUCUCACCUGUCUGAUGAGCGAUUCUUUUCCACUAUCUGCAUCUAAUCUCCAUCUCUCCGCCUUCUCCUGCUCUCAUAUCUUCUUUUUGUGACUGUCAGAGGGAAUCCCUCUUCCUCUACGUCAGUCUUUCUCUCAAGUUGAACACAACUCUUCAACACUAUAACACUAUACUUGUGUCACCGUCACAAGAAGUGUGCUACAGUCCUCCCAGCCUAUAGUCUCCCACCAUGUUCUGUCUCAGGAGCUGGUUACCGCUCCUCUUCAUUCCAACCAACGCCUCCCCGCUCUUCAUCAUCUCCUUCGUCACCCUCACAUACAUCCUCCACCGACCAUGCAUCUACUGCUCCGCGCUGCUCCUCAUCCUCUUCAUCUCCUCCUGCCACUGGGCUGACCGCUGCUUCUUCGACUUCCGCGGCGACUGGUUCUCGCCGCGCUACGCAACUUCAAACCCCUACGAUGCCGUCUCGGCCAAUACCUCCCUGGCCGCGCAGAACGGGUCUCUGGUCAGCUAUGUCGUAGAGACCGUCAAUACGACCACCAAGGCGCUGGCGGGCGCCGCGGUUGAGGAGGCGCAGCGGCGACUCGCGCUCAACGGAUCAAAUGAACUGGGAGAGCAGGAGUGGACCGGUGUUGGACUCGAAUGGUUGCGGAGUUUGCUGGGACGACGGGAGUGGACUCUUCCCUGUGUAGAUGUCAAGGUUCGGCUUUGAGGGUUUUCGUUUACGGUCUUUCUUUUCCCCACCAGAUGCAAAGUUCGAGCAUGACCAUAUGAGGCUGAAAUGGCGGAUAUCGUUUUGCAUGCACGGGAGGGUUCAUAGAGCAUGGAUUGGGCUUGUGUUAUCUUGACCUGACCCAAGUUGUCGACUGCCAUCCGCUUGCAAGUUGUCGUCGCUUCUAGGUUUGGUUUCGUUCUUACGACCGCUGUACAGAAUCUACCGUACAUACUUGAUAAUAUUAAAGCUCAUGCUUCGAUCCGACAACUACAGGUACUUGCGAAGAAGCAACAAUACUUGGAUGGCAGGUUCACUGACCCUGACAGAAGGCAGAGGUUAUAUUUCAAUGUGCAGAGAUUGGUUAUAAACAUAGGCUAGUGGCUAGCUAAGUACAUGACAAAUAGGUAUCUGACAGUAAAGGG